AUGCCUAGCAUAGCAAAUCCUCCUUAUCUCAUCGAGGAAAUUGCCAAUAACUGCGCAAACUUCUGCGAGCUCAAAAUCAUGGGCCCUUUCGACAUCUUCUUCGCUACAACAUUGGUAACACAUCUCUCAAGAAUAAAGGUUCUAAGCCUCCGGUGUUCCAUGCUACUCAAGGACGCCCUGAUCAUAAUAUUGGAUGGCCUUCAGAGCCUCGAAGUGCUCAACAUUUCUCACUGUCUCUUGAUAGAGAUCCCACCACCUCCUGAGCCCAGAAGAGUGAUGAAGGAGCUCGAUGAUACUAUUCGUCAGAAGGCCUCCCGGCUCGGCCAGUUCUUGACUUGCAUGGAGGAGUCGUGUGUCAUGUGCCAGAGAACAAAAGCUGAUGAAGGGCUCAUGAGGUGGUAUAGGUACGAGGAAGGGUUGUGGAAGGCAGACGAGGUAACCUCUCUCUCACUAUAUUAG